GCAAAACUUGGAAGCAGCUCCGCCAAUGGCCUGUGCUGAGCAGGAGGUGCAGGCGUCGGGUCAGCAGGACUUGCCCCGGACGCUUUGGGUGGGCGACGUGGAGCCAUGGAUGGAUGAGCGCUACCUCUCAAGCUGCUUCGAGGGCACGGGUGAGGUGAAGAACAUCAAAAUCUCUCGCCGCGUUACGGGGCGCAGCUGCGCGUUCCUUGAGUUUGCCCGGCACGAAGAUGGCGCCGCGUUACUGGCGAGCACAGGUGGGCCCUUUCGCUGCGCACAAGGCCACUCAUUCCGCCUCAACUGGGCCCA